AAUUUACUCUAUUGUCUUCCAAUGAUCUGACAUUAUUAGGAUUUGUAGCAUUCUGGAUCACCCUCUUUCGGCAUGAAAGAUUCAAAAUUUGGGUUAGGAAGAAGUCGCACGUAAGAGAAUCGGUGUGCUUUAGAGGAGUUAACAAAUCCUAAUUCCUCUUGCCAAGCUCCUGCAAGCAAGUUUUAUCUUUCCACAAGCGACCGCUUGAUCUGCUUAAUUUGUCAAAGUUUAGUUCAACCACCAUCUAAAGCGGGUCCUGUUUUCCCUCCCUUUUGUCCUAUCCCUCUUUGAAGUAUCAUUCCGUUUCACAUUGUAAUCAGCUUCCCCAGAUAUACGCGUGCAUUUCUGCGAUCACGAACAUGAACUUGCCACUCCAGAGGGAAGAGCCACCUCGCUCGCUCCCAACACAGAGGCUUUACCUAGUGACGUAAGAACCUUCAACCUUCAUGUGGAAUAUAAAGCUUUGCGCUUCUCCUUGUCGUUCGUGGGUUUUGGCACUGUGGGUAGUCCUUCUACAUGGGUUCGGAUGGUGCACGGCCGUGGCUGGUGAGGUAAGCUUGGGCUCGAGAUUGGCGGCUAGCCAGGACCGAGCUUGGGUUUCUGAUAAUGGGACCUUUGCUUUUGGUUUUGCCACUGUGGAUGGAAGACACGACCAGUUUCAGUUGGCAGUUUGGUUCGCGCAGCUUCCUGGUGACCGGACCCUAGUUUGGUCGGCUAACCGAAACUCCCCGGUGAGCCAAAACGCAAUCCUCGAGCUCGACGCCACAGGGAACCUUGUCCUCUCCGACGGCACCACCACCGUAUGGACUUCCAAUACCUCCAACUCCGGUGUGCAAUCAGCAACCAUGUCUGAAGCUGGCAACUUCAUCCUCCACAACGGCACUGACCACAUGGUAUGGCAGAGCUUUUCGCAUCCGACCAACACACUCCUCCCUAACCAACCACUAACCGUCUCUCUCGAGCUCACCUCGGCGACUUCUCCCUUACAUGGCGGUUACUACACUUUCAAAAUGCUUCAACAACCGGCGUCGCUAAGCCUCAUGCUCACAUACCACUUGCCUGGAAGCUAUGAUCCCUCCCCUGAAUUUUACUCUAACUACUCUUAUUGGCACGGACCUGACAUAUCCAAUGUGACAGGACAAGCGGUAGUGGUACUAGAUGAGGCGGGAAGUUUUGGGAUUGUGUAUGGUGAUUCAGCUGACGGAGCAGUCUAUGUGUAUCAAAACAAUGGCGAUGAUGAAGGGUUGCCUUCCGCUGUUAACCGAUCAACUCGGCCGUCUGUUCUUAGGAGAUUGGUUCUUGAGACAAAUGGAAAUUUAAGGUUAUACCAAUGGGAUAACAAUGUGAACGGUUCUAGCCAAUGGGUACCUGACUGGGCCGCCAUUUCAGAUCCUUGCACUAUAGCUGGGAUUUGUGGAAAUGGGAUUUGCAAUUUGGACAGAAGCAAAACCAGUGCUACUUGUACAUGCCUGCUAGGAAGUUCUAAAGUUGGCUCUGAUGAACCGUGCUCAGAAAAUUCUUCCCGGAUUGGGAAAUGCAAUUCAGAAAAUACAAAUCAAACAUCUGAGUUUAGAAUAUCAGUGGUUCAACAGACAAAAUACUAUUUCUCCGAUCAUUCUGUCAUAGCAAACUACAGUGAUGUAGCUACAAUUUCAAAGUGCGGUGAUGCUUGUUUAUCAGAUUGCGAAUGUGUUGCUUCUGUUUAUGGACUGGAUGAUGAAAACGAAAACCCUUACUGUUGGGUACUUAAGAGCUUGGAUUUUGGUGGGUUUGAGGACCCCAGUUCGACCUUAUUCGUGAAAGUCACAUCUGACGGCUCAGCAAAAAUUGACCGCAAUGAAGUAGUGAUUCUUCCGGUUGUGCUUGUCAUGGUGGUUCUCAUAGGUCUACUCUGUUCAUUGUUGUACUACACUGUCAACAAGAGGAGGUUGCUUAGGAAGGCAAUGGAAAGUUCCUUAUUAACUUUGUCUGGUGCGCCAAUGAAUUUCACUUACCGGGACUUGCAAAUUCGCACCAGCAACUUCUCACAGCUAAUUGGAACAGGGGGAUUCGGAAGUGUGUAUAAGGGAAGCCUUGCAGAUGGAACUCUAAUCGCAGUGAAGAAGCUUGACAAGGUUUUACCUCAUGGUGAGGCAGAGUUCAUAACUGAAGUGAACACUAUCGGUUCAAUGCAUCAUGUGAACUUGGUUCGUUUAUGCGGAUAUUGCUCUGAUGGGCCACACAGGCUUCUCGUUUACGAGUUUAUGAAAAAUGGGUCCUUGGACAAGUGGAUUUUCCCUUCGCUCAGCUCACGAGACAGAUUGCUAGAUUGGCAAACCCGCUUCCACAUAGCCAUCGGGAUGGCACAAGGGAUUGCAUACUUUCAUGAGCAGUGUAGGAACCGGAUCAUACACUGCGACAUUAAGCCAGAAAACAUUCUACUGGAUGAGAAUUUCUGUCCCAAAGUUUCGGAUUUUGGGCUAGCUAAGUUGAUGGGGAGGGAGCACUCACAUGUCAUGACCAUGGUGAGAGGAACUAGAGGCUACUUGGCUCCAGAAUGGGUUAGCAACCGGCCUAUCACAGUAAAGGCCGAUGUCUAUAGUUAUGGGAUGCUUCUUUUGGAGAUCAUCGGAGGACGGAGAAACCUGGACAUGUCUUUCGACACUCAUGACUUCUUCUACCCUGGCUGGGCUUUUAAGGAAAUGACAAAGGGAACACCGAUUAAAGUGGCGGAUAGACGACUAAAAGGGUCUGUGCAUGAGGAAGAGCUAAUAAGAGCAUUGAAAGUCGCAUUCUGGUGCAUUCAAGAUGAAGUGUUCAUGAGACCUACAAUGGGGGAAGUGGUGAGGAUGCUAGAUGGCUCGAUGGAGAUCAGCGCGCCUCCAAUGCCACAGACUGUUCUUGAAUUAGUUGAAGAAGGGCUAGAUCAAGUCUACAGGACAAUGAAAAGAGAAUAUAAUCAGUUCAGCUCUUCUACCAUCACCACUCAUCUAUCGACUAAUGCUACAUGUAGUUACUCGACAAUGUCGCCCAGAUAAUAUAGACAGGACUAGAGGAAUGAGUGGCCAAUCAACACGUAGCUACUCGACAAUGUCACCAGAUAUAAUAGACAGGAUUAGAGGAAUGAGCGGCCAAACAAAUGAAAUAGAUUCAUCGCAACUUUUGCGAGUAUAGCUGAUUGUCAAAGGGCAGCAUGGGAUUGUCAGAAUCAAUCCGAUUCUAAUUCUCCAGAAGAUCAUUGAUAACCCAUAGCCAACCUGUAAUGAUCGAGUAUGUUUCCUUUACUCCUGCCCACAAACCUUAAUCAAUUAAAAUGCUAGAGAUAAACACUUCAAAAAGAUUUAAUUUUGAGUGGAUUACCUGCACUGGGCGAUCAAGUAUUUAUUUGUGAAUUCUUUCUGUUCCACCAUUGGCUGGUUUGCUUUUGCAGCCUUAUGCAAUAUCAUUUGGAAGGAGUGGAAUUAUAUUAUCUUUAGGGGUAGGCCACCAUCCCUCUUAACUAUGAAGGUGCAAUUGGAGAAGGUCGUACAAAGCAUUAACAGGUCCCUCCCAACACCACGAAUUAUAGGUUGCUGCAUUGCUGAUCUAUAAACUCUUUCAUUUUGGCGGACUGAUCACUCACCUACCAAUCUUAUCAUGGGGUUCUUCACUCUGCACUUGUGUUGUUGUUGGGCUCUUUGUUCUUUUUGCUCCCUGUGUAGGCCGUUUGGUUUGCUUUUGCUGCUGUUUUGGCUUUCCUCUACUCAUGUGCAGGUGGUCUUGUUUUACCUUGGCACCCUUCCACUCACUCUGACUGUUCUUGUCCUCGUGAGUGUAAGUUUUUGAUACCAA